AUGUGCUGCGCCGAAGAUGCCUCAGCAUCUCUAGAUGUCUCCCAGUGUGUAUCGAUCAGCUUCUCUUCCCAGCACAAAGUAGCUGCUGACGAAGAGAAAAAGGCCAUGCCGCUAUUCUUGUUAGUUCUAGACACAGAGAGCACAGUGGCACACGAAGCCUCCCAUCACCAACAGCAGGCAGCACAGAACAGUUUGUUGCCUCUCCUGAGCUCUGCUGUUGAGCCGCCCGAUCAGAAGCCGAUUCUGCCCUUACCAAUAACGCAGAAACCUCAGCCUGCACCAGAAACAUUAAAGGAUGCUAUUGUUGGGAUUAAAAAGGAAAAACCUAAAACCUCCUUUGUGUGCACUUACUGCAGCAAAGCUUUCAGGGACAGCUACCAUUUGAGGCGUCACGAGUCCUGCCACACAGGCAUAAAGUUAGUGUCACGGCCAAAGAAAACUCCCACCACAAUGGUGCCCCUUAUCUCGACCAUCGCUGGUGACAACAGCCGGAGUUCGCUGGUUUCGACUAUCGCAGGCAUCCUGUCCACAGUCACUACGUCUUCCUCUGCCACCAACCCCAGCAGCAGCGCCGGCGCCACGGCCAUGGCGGUGACGCAGACGGUGAAGAAGCCCAGCAAGCCCGUGAAGAAGAACCACGCUUGUGAGAUGUGUGGAAAGGCCUUCAGGGACGUCUACCACCUCAACCGGCACAAGCUGUCCCACUCGGACGAGAAACCCUUCGAAUGUCCCAUUUGCAAUCAGCGCUUCAAGAGAAAGGAUCGCAUGACCUACCACGUGAGGUCUCACGAAGGUGGCAUCACGAAACCCUACACCUGCGGUGUUUGUGGAAAAGGCUUCUCAAGGCCUGAUCAUUUAAGCUGUCAUGUAAAACAUGUUCACUCAACAGAGAGACCCUUCAAAUGCCAAACGUGCACUGCUGCCUUUGCCACCAAAGACAGACUGCGGACACACAUGGUGCGCCACGAAGGAAAGGUAUCGUGUAAUAUCUGUGGUAAACUUCUGAGUGCAGCAUAUAUCACCAGCCACUUAAAGACACACGGGCAGAGCCAAAGUAUCAACUGUAAUACCUGUAAACAAGGCAUCAAUAAAACAUGCAUGAGUGAAGAGACCAGCAACCAGAAACAGCAACAGCAGCAGCAACAACAGCAGCAACAACAGCAGCAGCAGCAGCAGCAGCAGCAACAACAGCAGCAACAGCAGCAGCAGCAGCAGCAGCAGCAACAGCAGCAGCAGCAACAACACGUAACAAGUUGGCCUGGGAAGCAGGUAGAGACCCUGAGAUUGUGGGAAGAGGCCGUCAAAGCCAGGAAGAAAGAAUGUCAGUUCACCUUUGAGAAGGCUAUAGAGUACGUACCAUUCGAAGCUGCUAACUUGUGCCAAACCUCCACUGCUGCUACUACGCCUGUGACUCUUACUACUCCAUUCAAUAUAACGUCCUCUGUGGCUUCUGGGACUAUCACAAACCCAGUCACAGUGGCAGCUGCAAUGAGCAUGAGAAGUCCAGUAAAUGUAUCAAGUGCAGUUAAUAUAUCCAGUCCGAUGAACUUAGGGCAUCCUGUAACUAUAACCAGUCCUCUGUCCAUGACCUCUCCAUUAACGCUCACCACCCCGGUGAACCUGCCCACCCCGGUAACCGCUCCAGUGAACAUAGCGCACCCCGUCACCAUCACGUCCCCCAUGAACCUGCCCACCCCCAUGACGCUGGCUGGUCCCCUCAACAUAGCCAUGAGACCAGUGGAGAGCAUGCCUUUCCUGCCCCAGGCCUUGCCCACCUCUCCUCCCUGGUAAACAAGUUCUAAACAGUAUUAAAAAGGAUUAAAAUGGAAUCCUUACCAGCAGUUCUUUUUUGGGUUUUGUUUGGUUGGGGUUUUUUUUUGUUUUUUUUUUUUUUUUGGUUUUGUUUUGUUUUGUUCUGUUGGGUUUUUUGUUUUGUUUUGUUUUAGUUUUAUAAUAAAUUCAGACUAAGACACUGGGGCAACAUCAUCAGAGACCACAGUAGCAUCUUCCCCUUGAUUUGGCUCACAUGGUUCAGGCUUGAGUUUCACUGGAGCACUUCAUUUAAAGUAAGUUUUACCUUGUAGCUGACUGAUGCUGAACUAGAGCAGAUACUUAUUUGCCAGAGUUUAAAAAAAAAGAAAAAAAAACAAAAAAAAAAAGGUAAUUAAAAAAAAACAGUUUAUGUUUUAUCCCCUCAAAUUAUAACUUAGAAAAUUAUUUUAAUCUAAACACUAGCGAAGACCCCUCUGUAUCUGUGACAGGGUGGAUGGCUCAUUUUAACCUGUCAGGCAAGUCCACUGUUUCUGAGCUAGUGUAGAACCUUUGUCUGUGUUGAUGUUUUU